UUCACACACUUUCCUAGCACCUCUCGUGAAGGAUUAACACGCUACACUUCCUUGGUCAUUUCACUUUGGCAAAAGAAUAAAGAAACCGUUUUAAAGCCCUGAACAUUAUGGUAGAAAAAUCAUUGAAAAUUGCACUUUGCUUCUUAUGUGUUAUCCUGUGCCAUUCAUUCAGUGCCUUUGCAGCUGCACCAGACGAGAGCGCGCCUUUAAAUGAAGAUGCAGAGAAUUUCUUCCCAACAGAUUCAGCGGUACUUCAUGACAAAAUCAGCUACAACAUGCGGAAGUCCUUGGAUCUCGAUGACGGAGCAUGUUACCUUCAACCGGGGAAAAAGGAAAGCAUUGUGGCGUGUGGGUUCAAUGCUACACUUAGAACAAUUCUAAUCAUCCACGGUUGGACGAUGAGUGGGAUGUUUGAGAGCUGGAUGCACAAACUGGUGGCUGCUGUUCAGAGACGAGAGUCCGAGGCCAAUGUGGUGGUGGUGGAUUGGCUGGGCCUUGCUAACCAGCUUUACCCUGAUGCCGUCAACCACACUCGUCGGGUUGGGCAAAGCAUAGCUACACUUUUGGACUGGCUCCAGGAAGAAGAGCAGCUCCAGCUCGAGAAUGUGCACAUAAUCGGAUACAGUCUUGGGGCUCACGUUGCUGGAUAUGCUGGGACUUUUGUAAAUGGAAUUAUUGGCCGUAUAACAGGUUUAGACCCAGCUGGCCCCAUGUUUGAGGGAGCAGAUUCCUACAAUAAACUCUCUCCUGACGAUGCAGAUUUUGUCGACGUCCUGCACACAUACACACGUGGAGCUUUGGGUGUCAGUAUUGGGAUCCAGGAGCCAAUUGGCCACAUUGACAUCUAUCCCAAUGGUGGCGACGUUCAGCCUGGCUGCACUUUUGGAGAGUUUCUGUCCGCUGCUUCUGGAAAUUUCAUGGAAGCCAUGAAGUGCGAACAUGAGAGGGCUGUUCAUCUUUUUGUGGAUUCCCUCAUGAACAAAGACCAUGUGAGCUAUGCUUUUCAAUGUACCGGCCCUGAUCGCUUUAAGAAGGGCAUUUGUCUGAGCUGCCGGAAGAACCGCUGCAACAGCAUUGGAUACAAUGCCAAGAAAAUGCGUAAGCGGAGAAACAGCAAGAUGUACCUGAAAACUCGUGCUGACACGCCUUUUGGUGGUUACCACUAUCAGAUGAAGAUGCAUGUGUUCGACAGGAAGAACGCAGAGAAUGCAGAUCCCACUUUCUAUGUCAAACUUUAUGGAUCUUAUAAUGAUAGCAGUAAUCUCAUUGUUGAUGUUACCGAAGGAAUUGGUUUAAACCUCACAAACACGUUUCUGGUCUUUACUGAAGAGGACAUCGGUGAGUUGCUCAAAAUCUCACUUCGCUGGGAAGGACCUUCUGAUUCUUGGACAUCCGCGAUAAAACACUUGGGGUCCUCGUUCUUUUCAUGGUCGAGUGCAGCAAGCCAAAAGAUUCUAGAGGUUCGGAGGAUCAGAGUCAAAGCAGGAGAAACGCAAAAGAAGUUCACUUUCUGUGCUGAAGAGACUGAGAUCUCGCCAGGAGAAGAGAUUAUGUUUGUUAAAUGCCGGGACGGCUGGGAAGUAAAACCCAGGAAACGAUUGCACUACUGAGAGAAAGCACUGUUACCCCGGGACUCAUGACGGUGCAGGGCCUGAGCACUUUUUUGUUUUGGUACACGUUUGGUGGAAAUGCACCAUGGUUUUUUUUUUUUUUUUGGGUGGAUAGAAGUCAACUCAUGCUGCUCAAAUGUCCAGCUCUGAUGGGUGAUGGAUGGUUACUGGACUUGCUCAGGGCAUUGUUUUUUCUACCAUUGAACUGUUCUGGAUUGAUUGAGAUUACAUAUUUUGUCUUUUGAUACUGUUUGUACAUUUUCCGUUGUCAGAAACUGUUUGCGGAUCGCCGACUCCUCCUUAACAACAUGUUUGUUAUAUAUUUUUGUACGUUUUUAAUUUAUGAAGGAAAGCACUGUUAAACCUAGCUUAUUUAUCAAUCUAAUACACACCUUGUACCAAGGCAUAAAUUAAUUCUCUCCCAUGUUACCUGCCGACCACUUUUACAUGUCUGUCUGUGGAUUUCAAUAGGAAGAAGGAUUUUAUAUGAAUUCACAGUAUUAUUUAAGGUCGGAAGAAUGGAGAGCUGUUCUGUCUUCAUAGAAUUGUUGUACAUUUUGUGUCUUAUGUUUUAUGUAAAUAAUGUGUAUAUAAAACUGAUAAAUUUGUAAUAAAAUUAUUGUAGGUUGA